CGUGCAGAGCCAGAGAGGUGAUUUCCAACAUCACCAAGCUGAAGGACUUCCUGCUGCAGCACAGGAAAGACUAUGUGAGCGCUGACAGGUAGGACAACCUGCUGCGUUUACCUGUGUUUAUUCUCACACCAGAGGGCUCCCAAUAUUACAUUUACAUGUAUUUGUUUAGCUGAUGCUUUUCUUCAAAGUAACUGUCAGUGUUAAGGUUACAAUUAUUACACUUACAAGUUGACAUCUAUUUACCCACUUCUACAGCUGGGGCAAAUUUUUUUUAGGGCAAGUACCUUGCUCAAGGGUACUACAGCCGGAGGUGGGGCUCAAACCUAUGACCCUUGGAUGCAAAGGCAGCACCUCUAACCACUAUGCCACCAGCUGUCCCUUUGCACCUCUACAGCAUUGACAGCUUCUUCUUACAGCCCCAGGCCUUCAUGUGGAACUUCUGCUGAGCCCUUUUGAAAUGCAGAGCCCAUGCGAAGGCACUCUGGCACUUUCUGCCUCUCCAUGAGAAGGUCUGCGGAGACAGGAGCUGGAUGCCUGCUGGGUAGGAGGGUGGACAGAAUGGUAUUAGCCAUGAGGUGGUCCAGGUUUCUGGCUGGGGGGGAGUUGGACUCAUCCUGCACUAGGCUCUGUCGACAUGCCCCACAAAAAAAAGGCUCCUCAAUUGGGGGAUUAUGGAAGCGAAACGAAGCUCACUGUAACCUCCUUGUGUUGGAGCAAUAGUCCCCCAGGCAGAGAGCACUUGUAGUAAGGAAGAGGAUUAGCGCUCAUUAAAUGAUUGCCUUUUAUCCUGCCUGGGUUUUCUCAGCAGUUUAGUAAUGAACCUUUUCUGCGCCGGCAAUUCAGCACCGGCAAAUGUGCUUCUUUGAAUCUUACAUUCUUCUUUGCGCUUCAUCUUUUUACAGAGCUGUGUGUUGAAAUGUGCACACAAAUGUUUAUUGGUAAAGCAAAGAGGCUAUUGAUCAUGUUUUAUUUUUGCCAACAUGAGGUUGUGUCAUUAAUGCCGUUGGUAUGAAGUCUGGAGCGAGUUCCGCUUGCGCGUGCAGCUCUUAAUGCUCUUCUUCAUACGACCACUAGAGGGACUGGUGUUCAGCCCUCCUCCUACAAUUUCACAAUAGUCUCCAACAUCCAUUUACAGCAGAAGAAUCCUGUCCUGCCUAAACGAUAGUACAGGACCACUUGUUCUAUUUAAGCUGAACACAUUUUUUCUAUUGUACAAAUGAAGCCACUCAAAGUAGCACAUUCUGCAUUUCGAUGGGAUAAAUUUCUCUGUCAUCCAUGUGUUAAAGGGUCUGUUCCUUGUUAUAGUUAGCGGCAGAAAAUGCGCAGUUUGCCAUUGAAAGCCUCUUGUUCAAGUGAGGCGUUAGUUGGGCCUAAGACCGACGUGUGCGGAGUUCUCUGCACGUGGGACUCAAGAUCUCUGUUGUCAUGGAACGAGAUGUGCCCACACUCUGCUCAACGUGAGAGUGGCGUGAGGAAAUGCACCCUCACACUGGAUGCCCUCCCAAGAAGUGCACACAGGGUAAAAUAUUCGGAUAGGAGAACCUUCACUCACCCCUUCUCUCUGGUCUGCUGCAGCCUAAUCUCGUCCGAUUUAACCCGCAUGACAGACAGCGAGCGGGACCAGAUUGACCAGGAUGCCCAGAUCUUUAUGAGGACGUGCUCGGAUGCCAUCAGGCAGCUUCGCUCUGAAGCGGAGAAGCAGGUCAGCUCCAGCCAGGUAAAAGAGCAUCGUGGAGCUGUUUUGGAUCUCAUAGAAGACUAUUUGAGAGGUGUGUGCAAGCUGUACUCCGAGCAGAGAGCUGUCAGAGUAAAGAGGGUCGUAGACAGGAAGAGGCUCUCCCGCCUGGAGCCUGAGCACCACAGCAGGGCAGAGAGGAGCCCCUCAAAGGAGCCCUCAGAAGAGAAGGAGCAGAAGGAGGAGAGUAGUGAGGUGCCAGAGGCCCCAGAGAGCAGUGUCAGUCUGUGGGAGGAAGGACGGGUGGAAGAUGAGCUCUCGCCUGAGGAGAUCCAGAUGUUUGAACAAGAGAACCAGCGUCUGGUGAGCGAGAUGAGCAGCCUGGUGGACGAAGUUCGGCAGAUCGAAGGCAAGGUGGUGGAGAUCUCUCGGCUCCAGGAGAUUUUUGCUGAAAAGGUUCUGCAGCAGGAGACAGAGAUAGACAACAUUCACCAGCUCGUCGUGGGCGCCACUGAGAACGUCAAAGAAGGGAACGAGGACAUCAGGGAGGCCAUCAAGAACAACGCCGGCUUCCGCGUGUGGAUCCUUUUCUUCCUCGUCAUGUGCUCCUUCUCGCUGCUCUUCCUGGACUGGUACGACAGCUAGCCUUGUGCUGUGUCACGGCAGCUCACGUGAACGGAAGAGGUGUGACGAGUCAGGAAGAUUUCCAAUGUACCUCGGCGCUGAGCGUCUGCCCUCCGCCACAGAGCCGAGGGAGCCGCCAGGCCAACAUGGAGCCUCUGCACUUGAUUCAAGCCUUUUUGGUCCUAUUUAUUGUACCACCUGCCUUUUUCAGUUCCUUUCCCAGUCUGCCCUUGGUGUUAAUUACCUGUAGAUGAGGCUUACAGCUUUUUUUUUUUUUUUUUUUGUCUGCACAGACAUCAAAAUAGCACAUCACAUCAAAAAGAACUGAUUCAUGAUUUUUUUUUUUCCCCCCUGAAAAUCGCCAACAGAGACACUAAUAUUUAUGGCAUCUAAUGUAUUGUUCUGUAUGAUACACUGUUGUGACUCUGCUUUUGCCCCAACACUUUAUAUCUCAAUAAAAUGUACACUUGAA